AUGAAGCCGGCGGGAACUCCCACGCGGAGCAGAGCUGCCGUCGCACCGGCCCGGAGAGGAACAGCAGCGGCGUCGUCGUCGUCGAGCGGAGGAGCAUCGCAGUAUAUCGACCCUCUGUAUGAGGACAUUCACGCGCCCAAGUACUUCAACUUCUGCCAAAAGGAGGAGGAGGAGGCGCUGCACUCGGGGGACUCGUGGUUCGACGGCGCGCAGGAUGCGGAAAUCGCGGACGACGGUGACAGCGCGGCGUGGGCUAUCCACGCCGCAUUGACUGCGAUCACGGCGACCCCGCCCGCUGCCGUGGCGUAUGGAGAAGCAGCAGCAGCGGCAGCAGCAGAGGCAGCAGCAGAGGCAGCAGCAGUGGCGGCGAUGGAAAAGGAGACGCAGCAGCGGAAGCAACAGCCCUCGGAGAAACAGAAGCAAGCGAGGAAGCAGGAAGAGGAGGAGCAGCAAGCGACCACCAAACGGCACACCUCCUCCUCCCCCGCCGCCGCUCGCGCCCUCCCCCUCAACCCCGCGCCAUUCAAGAGCGCGUCGUUCCGCGCGCGGGUCAUUGCGGCGGCGCAGGAGGCGCGGGAAUCGCGCGGGGAGAAGGCGGAGAGCAAGGCGGAGGGCGGGGAAGAGAGGGGCACAGGGGAGGACGGGGGAGAGUGCGCAACAGAGGGCGCAAUUAAGUUGUCCGAGGCGGAAGCAGAAGCCGAGAAGAGCGCGAAUGGGACGAGCGCGCGCAAGGACUCCGGUCCCCCCGCCGCUGCUAAUGCGCGUGCACAGGCGGAAGCGACCAUCUGGAAGGAGGCGGAAGGGGAAGGCGGAGGGGGAGGCGGCGGAAAGGUGGAAGCGCAAGCGACGAUUCAGUCGUCGCCUGGUGGGCGACGCGUGGUGGCGACGGUGUCGUCGCCCGCCGUCGCCAAGGGGUCGGUGCAGGCGACGGCGACGGCUACAGCGAGCGCGUCGAUCUUCGAGUCGUCGCAGAAAGCGGCGCCGUCCGCGAAGGGCGCCGCGAAUGACGGCGGGCGGACGCCUGUAGCGACGGCUACGGCGACGGCGAGCGCGAGGGUGUGCGUGGGAGACGGAGCGAGGAAAGCGGAGCUAGGAGUGGUGACAGAUGCAGCGGAGAGGACACGUGCUGUUGCUGGUACGCCUGCUUUUGCUGGUGUUGGUGGUGGAAGGCCGAAGAAUCAAGGAGGAACGGCAGCGGAACGGGCAGCAGCAGCAGCAUCAGGUGGGGCACUCGCGACGCCUGUGACCACUGGGAAGGGUGCUGCUGCGGCAGCAGCACCCGCAGCACCCGCAGCAGGAGGAGCAGCACCAGCAGCAUCAGCAGCAGGAGGAGGAGGAGCACCACCAGCAGCAGCCGGAGGUAUGAGGUAUCCAGGGUUGCAGAGUGAGCAGCAGUUCACAGGUGAAUCUACCUCUCUGCGUGUGUCCGACGUGUCAUCACCUGGCGUCAGCAGCUGCUCCACGUCAGCAACGGCCGCGGGGGGGCAGCGGGCGGGCGGAAGAGUGAUGAUGGUGUGCAAUAACGCGCUCUUCCGCACGUCCCCGAGCCAUAGCCCUGUCGAGGCUAGUCCGGGCGGCAUACCUGUUGCUGCAGCACGCACAGCAGCAGCAGGAGGAGGAGGUGGAGGAGGAGGAGGGUUGUUGGCUGCGUCCGCGUUUGCUCUCACCCCCGUUGUCUCCAGUGCUUCGGCCUCUGGGAGUGGUGCAAGCAGCGACGGAAGCGGGGCGUUCUUUGGGGCUUCUGCUUUCACGGGAGUGGCGAGUGGUGGGGUUAAGAUCACAGGGCUUGCAUCGUCCGCCUAUGUCAAGAGAAGCCCUGGGAGGUGGCAGGCUGUGUCACUGUCACUGGUACCAGGGGGUAGCGGCCCUGCUGCCGCCGCCUCUGAUCCCCAGGCUUCCCCUGUUGCUGCUUCUGCUGCUCCUGCUCCUGCUGCUGCUGCGGCUGCGGCUGCGGCUGUUUCUGCUGCUGAAUCUGCUGGUGGUGAUUCUGCUGCGGCUAUCAAGGAGAACGCGGCAGCGAGUGUUGGUCAAGCUGACUUGGUUACACCGCCUGUUACCCCGCCGCCUGCUACUCGGUUCGGUAUGUCUCUUGCUGCUGGCAGAAGCGGUGCUGGUCCGUCGCUGCUGCCCGUGCCCCCAGGCUCGGCGCCUCCAGGCCUGGCGUCCAGGCUCGGCGAGCCUGGCUCGGUGGUACGGCCUGGUUCCGUGGCAGCAGUGGUGAAGGCGGUCGAAGGAGGAGGAGAAGGAGGCGGAGGAGGCGGAGGAGGCGGAGGAGGCGGAGGAGGGGGAGAGGGAAGGGGAUGGGGAGGGGGAGGAGGGGUGAGCCCAAGCUACGCUCGGGGAGCAGGAGGGUCUGAGAGGAAGAGAUGGGGUGAGGGAGGAGGAGCAGCAGCCGGAGGAGGAGGGGGAGGAGUGAAGGGAGCUGGUGUGGCCAACAGUCGUCUGGUUCGACCGUUAGUUCUGGCAUUUGAAUCUGCUGCUGGUGCUGGCAGGGGUGCUGGUGCUGCCGCUGCUGCUGGCACCGGUGCUGCUGCUAGCGGCGUUGCUGGUUCUCCCAGGGUGGAAACGGAGAGGAGGUGGAAGGUGGGAAGUGGGAGCGGCUCAGGGUUGCUCGCGCGGACAAGGUCGGUCGGCAGCAGUAUGCAGAGGUCACUGGGCGUAGGGGAGAAGGACGAGGGAGGGAAGAAGGAGCAGCAGGAGAAGGUGGAGAGGGGUGAGGUGCAGAAAGGAAGGCAGGAGAGUCCGUCGCGCGAGGGAGACGGUACAAGAGUGGAGGGAGAGGGGAAAGGAGAAGGGAACGGCGAGAAAACUUGCGCGGAGAAAAAAGAGGGCGUGAGUGCAGUAGGGUUGGUGAAGCAGCACGUGGCAGAAAUUCAAGAGCUGAUAGAUAAGACCCAGAGAGGCGCCGAGGUGGGGAAGGAGAAAGGAAAGGGGCGAGGGAACGGGGAGGGGAAGGUGGGGGGGGCAGAGAGCGGAGCGAUGGGAAAGCUGCUGGCGGGCAAGGGGAAUGGUGUGGGAGGUAAGGGAGUGAAGGGAGGGAUGGGAGUGAAGGGAGGGACGGGAGGGGGAGUUGGAGGGGGAGUGGGAGCGGGAGCAAGGCAGCAAGGAGGGAUUCAGGUGCAGUCACGUUUGGGGCUGCCGCGGAAGGAGAAGGGGAGUGGGGGCGCGGAAGAGGCGCAGGGCAGCACUGGGGGGAGUGACUUGGGUGCGCGGCUGAAGGAACGAAGGGAGAAGGCAGAGAGGGAGAGGAGGGAGCGUGAGCAGAGGAAGAGAGAGGUGGAGAGUCAGAGAACCUCUGCUGCUGCUGCGGCUGCUGGGCCUGCGCCCGGCCCUAGUGCAACAGCCGGCGGCAGCAAUGGAAGAACGGUUGUGGCAGGAAAGGCUGUAGCGAGAAAGCCUGCUGCAGGGAAGGCUGUUGUAGCGAAGGUAGUGUCUGGGCGAGUGGCGGGUGUGAGUGGCUUUGGAGUAGGGAUUGGGGCAGGAGUUGGCGUUGGUGUUGGUGCGAAGCUGAGGCGACGGUCUGUGGCGCCAUUGAGUAUUCAGAAGGCUGUGAUGCAGGGGGUGAGGGAGAGGAAGGGCAGGGAGGGGGAGAGGCAGGGGAAGGUGGAGAGGAAGAAGGAGCCGGGAUGGAAUUACGCUGCUUCUGCGGCUCCUGCUGCUGCUAGAGCUCCUAGUGAAUCUACUGCUGUUGGUCCAGACUCUUCAACGGUGGCUGAAGCACAGGCAAAGGCACAAGCGCCAACGCAAGCAUCAGCAGAGUCAGCACCAGUGGUGGCUCACACGUGUUCUGCCUCGCACCAGCAUUCCCACCAUGCUGGGGUGGCAGGAGGAGCAGCAGGAGGCGCAGGAGGGGCAGGAGGCGCAGGAGGGGGAGUGGGAGGAGCAGUGGUGAGGUGCCGCAAUCCCAAGUGUGCGGCCAAUGACGAGAGCUUCGCAGCACGCAGCAAGGUGCCUCAGAGGAACUUCCUGCGCGCCCGUAGCGGGCUGCAGCGAGUGGCUGCCCGUGGGCCAACACCAGAGCAUCAGCAGCAGCAGCAGCAGGGGGUUCAAGAGACCCCACAGGCCCUUCCAGCAGCCGCUGGUGCUUCUGCAGAGGCACCAGCAGUAGCAGCAGCAGGAGGAGGAGGUGGAGGAAAGAGGGCGGCUGUGAGGGAUAUAUCUGCGAGUAUAGACAUAGGGCAGGUGAGCGGGAUAGAGGAGAUUGACCUACUCGCUCUGCUUGGCGCAGACUCGUACCUUGAUGACGGUUGCAAUGGGUAUGAUGGUUGUGGUGAUGGUGCUGCUACUGACGGUGAUGGUGGUGGUGAUGAUGCUGAGUCUGCUCUGGCUGCUCGGAAAACAGCUGUGCUGAUUGCAGACGCGGAUAGCGCGGCAAAUUCUUCUCUUCCUCAAUCCGUCUCGCCUCCUGCUGCCGCUGCUGCCACUGCUGCUGAUGCGGCCGCUGGUGCUGCUGCUGCAGCGGCUGAUGCUGCCUCGUUUGCUGCGACCACUGGCCGUACAACAGGGGUGUCUGAUUCUCGAAGCUCCUGCGGCAGCAGUGCUGCUGGUCGCGCCCCUGCUGCUACAGCUGCUACAGGAGCUGCUGCUGCUUCUGCUUCUGCUGCUGCUGCUGCUCCAGCCGCUGCUGGCGCUCCCUUGUUGGUGGUAUCAGGCACCCCCGUGCGAGUCGAACCCUCUGUAGAGCGCAGCACCAGGCAGUGCAGCAAGCAGCACAGCGAUGGGGGGAAGGACGCGGGGGUUCUUACAGAGGGAGUGACUGUAAAGGUGACUCAGUAUAUCCAGCCUACCCAGUCGGCCCAGUCCAAUCAAUCGUGCAUACCUAGGGAGGGGAUAGUGGAGAAGGCACGUUCUGAGGCGGCUCAAGAAAGGGGUAUGGUCACAGAGGCAACGACAGUGGAGGUGACGUCUACGCAUACUUGCACGCCCGGAGGGAGUAUUGUGGAGAAGACUUGCAUCGCUGUGUGUCAGACGACCGGGAGGAAGAUGGGGAGGAGAGAGGGGAGGUGUGGAGGAGAGAGGGGUGCGGAGGGGUUUGGUGGUUUUGAGGGGACGGUGGGGGGAGGAGGAAGGGGUGGAGAGCUGCUGGUGGAGAGUGUGGUUGAGAAGGGAGGGGGGGUGGAGGAGGAAGGCACACAGCAGCGUGUAAUUACAGUCACCCGUAGCAGCAGUGGCAGCAGCAGCAGCAGUGGUAGGAGGAGGAGCAGCAGAGGGGGAGCAGUUGGGGGAAGCAGGAGGAGGAACCCUCAAGCAGUCAUGUCUGCCGCCCCUAAAUGGGCUGUGUCCAGGGAGAGGAGGCUGCGAGUGCGGGUGACAUCCCGCUUCAAGGAGUACAAGCACACAGCAGCGCGGAAGCUCUCGCUUGUGGAUAAGAUGACUGCUCAGGCCCAGGCCCAUGCAUCUCGUUCCAAGGGCUGGAGCACAUCCGUAUACGUGAGCACACCUGCAGGGAGCACAGAGGUGCAUGCGUCCCUCCCCGGCUCAGCCACCCCUGCUUCGCCCUGCUCCUCUCAUCAGCAGCACCAGCAGCAGCAGCGCAGUCAGCAUGUUGUUUCUGUGAGCACUGUGGGCGCUGUCGCUGCUGCCAGUCCUGCUGUGCGCUGCCCGCACACCACCACUGCUGCUACUGCUGUUGGCAGUGCCACGGCCAACGAGGUUUCCCCUGUGAAACGGGUCAAGCUCUUCUCUGCUGCUUCUGGCGCUGCUGCCUCUGCUGUCACUGCCCCUAGCGGAGCAAGUGUAGCAGGAACAGCAGGAGGAGGAGGAGGAGGAGGAGGAGGAGGAGGAGGAGGAGGAGGAGGAGGAGCAGGAGCGAUCGAGCAAGAGCAGCAGGUGCAGCAGCAGCAGCAGCAGAAGCAGGAGCAGGCUCAUGGGAGCAGUGGUGGGGCGAGUGAGGAGGGUGUGAGGGAGAAUGGGGAUGAGGAGAGGCAGGAGGAGCAGGUGGCACGCAGUGGCGCUGGUGGUGCUGUUAUUGAUGCUGCUUCAGUUGCCCCUGCUGCCACUGCUGUGUCUGCCACUGCUAACCAGCAGCAGCAGCAGCAGCAGCAGCAGCAGCGGGAGCAGCAGGAGCAUGGGUUUGUGAUGCCGGAAGCAGAGCUGUACCUGAAGGGACCCCCCCAGUUCACAUGCCCGGAUGAGGUGCUGCUGCACACAGACAGGCGUGCUGUGGAGCGACUCGCAUACGACAUGCAGGUGGCACUGAAGCAGCAGCAGGAGGAGCAGGCAAGGAGGGAGGAGGAGGAGAGGCAGAGGGAGAGGGAGGAGGAGGAGGUGAGGAGGCUGCGGCAGCAGAUGGUGCACAGGGCUCGCCUCAUGCCCUACUUUGGACGCCCUUUCAAGCCUCGCAGGUCCAGCAAGCAGCCCACACUGCCUCGUUCCCCUCUGCUGCUCACCAACGCUAGGCAUGCAACAACAGCAGGCAGUGUGUGCAACAGCUCCCUGAUUCGCUGA